UUAUCGUUGAGGUGCACGUUCACGCUGAUGUUGGUGCCACGUUGGUCGGACAGUUGUGUCGGUUGAAAUCGAUACGAACAAACCCGUAUCACCUUGAUUACAGUCUUCGGGGUGUAAGGAGGAUGCAGGGCGGCAACAGAGAACCAGCCGCAGGGCCCGAGACUUCCCAGUCCGAGGGCGGCCCCAGCCCCAGUGAAGAUGACAUGGCAGAGGGGGACCUGGGGGACGGGAUGGGCAACAGACCAGACUCCACUAUCAGAAAGAAGCUCCAGAGCCAGAGAGGUAGCAGGGGGCAUGCUGAGGAGCUGCUGCCCAGGACGGGGUUCCUGAAAAGGGGCAGCGAGGGAGGGGAGGCAGCCUUCAUCUGGACGUCCUGCAGUGGGCUGUACACAGUGUUCAGACAGGAGCUGGAGGUGGAGCAGGCGUCACCGCAAUGGAGGGUACGGGGGACAGAAUCCCUGAGCGAUCUGUCCACUGAGGAGCUGCGAGAGAGGCUACAGGAAGUGACCGAGGAGGCAGAGCUACUGCGCUGUGAGUUGGAGGUCACCAGUCGUCACCUGGAGGGAAAACACGAAGCACUGAAGAUCCUACAGGGUCAGAGUAUUCUAGACAGGGCAACCUCUCACACUAAGAUUCUACUCCAGAAGAGUGAGGAGAGGACCAAGGCUCUGGAAAAGGAAGUGAAUGGCCUGCAGUGGGAGAUCACGUAUAACCAGAUGCACUUCAAGAACUUUGAGCAGUCCUGGGAGCAGAAAUAUGUCAGAGUUUGCAGUGAGAAUAAGGCCCUGAGUGACAGCCUGGGAGACAGGAGGAGAGAGGUACAGGAGCUGAGGACAGAGAACACAGCUGUGAGUCAGCAGUGUCUGGAACUCCUAGCCAUGCUGAAUGUCCGGGAACAGAGAGCCUUCCAGGGGACCAAGCCUUCAUGCACCCAGGGGAGAGAGGAGGACCAGGGGACCAAGCCUUCAUGCACCCAAGGGAGAGAGGAGGACCAGGGGACUGUUCUGGAGCUGGCUGUGUUGGGUGCGUGCCAGUGUCCAAAUGUAAGGGAGGCCUGCCCCUGUGCCAGGAGUGCUGCUGCCAGCCGAAAACAGGUUCUCCAGCUCAGACAAGAGCUGGAGGGCCAUGGCAGGAGGAUGGAGGAGGCGUUGCUGAUGGCGGACGCAUUUCGGAUCGCCUUCGAACAGCAGCUCAGGAGGCGCAGCGAUCACUUCCUGAUUCUGGCCGAGACAGACAGGAACAAGUCCCGCCCACUAAGGCCAGAAGGCAAGGAUAAGACAGCAUCUCUCAGUGUGGCUCAGAGACUAAGAGGACUGCUGCCGUCCAGCACAGAGAUCACAGACGACCCCACAGAGACUCUGCACAAACUCCUCGACCUGCUGAGUGAUAAGGAAGAAGCUCUUGCUCACCAGAGGAAGGUUAGCUUCAUGCUAGCCCGCAACACAGAGGAACUAGAGAGACGGUUGAAGACAGACAAUAUGCUGCAGACACAGGUCACAUCACCACCACACUGUUCUUCAGAGACAGACACAUGCAAGUCCAACCAUGCAGGCACAAGCGUCUGCAGUUCCAACCAUGUCCAGGAGAGGGCAGGAGCGGACCAGUGUCAUGGUGGGGCGUCAUCAUCAGAAUCAGACACCACAGACCUCCAGCCCUCCGAGAUCCAAGAGGCUGAGACGGAAGCCACCGCCCUCCACAUACAGGGCCUUUCUCUGGGGCAGUCACCCAUGGAGAGAGGGGGAAGAGAGGACCAUCUGGUCACCCUACUAUGAGUUGUUUGUCAUCACAGAGUGAUCCUACCUGGCCUUCUUACUGCGGUGCCAUGCUUGAAAUGGAAUGAAACGUGUGCCAGCACUCCUUCUGGGUGCCGAUACUCAUGAUAUUUAAGUGAAAGGUAUUCAUUAUAUAUUAGAGGUAAUGUUCUGUAAGAGGUGCCGAUACUCUAGGACAAAAUUAGAGGUGCCUGCACUCCGUACCGAUGUGUACCAGCCCAAUUCAAGCACUGCCGCUGUGCAUCUGACUGAUCUUGGAACAACUCUGGUCCUGUAUAAGUCUGGUUUUACGUGAAUAUAUCGUCCUCUGUGUAGCCGUUGUGAUUACAUUUUAUAGUAAUAAUUCUUAGCACAUUACAAUUGAUAGAAAGUGACUGAAUGCUUUACAUUUUGCUAAACCUCUUGUUCUGAAUAUUUCCUGAGCUCUGAUAAGAUGUUUUAAUGUAUCCACUUAUAAAAUGUUAUGAUGGUCAAAAUAUUGAAGUGGAAUUGUUUGGAGUUAUGUUGCUGUGUGUAGAAUAGUUAUUUGUUGUCAUGCAAAUGUAAGAAAUGGAUAUGUGCCAAUGUUGAUGUCCCUGAUUACACAAUUAAACAUAUAGCCUUUGCCUCCUUUCAAGCCACAGGGCGCGUUUGAGCUGUAAGGCGAAAUCAACCGGCUGUCGACGAAAGUCGAGCAGUGAAGUCGGGGAGGUGUAUCUGCGAUAGCCGAAAGUCACAA